AUGGCUAUAACUUGGAUGCUUUGCAUUGCUUCCCUCCUCUCUUUCUUGACAACCGUCGAUUCAAAGGUCCGCGGUGUUUACACCGCUGGCCCUUGGCAGAACGCUCAUGCCACCUUCUAUGGUGGCUCUGAUGCCUCUGGAACCAUGGGUGGUGCAUGUGGAUAUGGAAAUUUGUACAGCACAGGAUACGGAGUGAAUAAUGCAGCACUAAGCACAGUACUUUUUAAUAGUGGACUAAGCUGUGGUGCUUGUUUUGAAAUAAAAUGCACUGAUGAAAAAUGGUGCAACCCGGGUAACCCAUCCAUUUUCGUAACGGGUACAAAUUUCUGCCCGCCAAAUUACGCUUUGCCAAAUGAUAAUGGAGGUUGGUGCAACCCGCCCCGGCCCCAUUUCGACCUUUCCAUGCCUGUGUUCCUCAAAAUUGCGCAGUAUCGAGCCGGCAUCGUCCCAGUUACCUAUCGAAGGGUUCCAUGCAAGAAACAAGAAGGAAUAAGAUUCACAAUCAACGGUUUCAAUUACUUCAACAUGAUCAUAGUGACUAACGUGGCAGGCGCUGGUGACAUCCAGCAAGUUCAAGUCAAAGGUACUAAAACUAAAUGGAUAAUUAUGAGUCGAAACUGGGGGCAAAAUUGGCAAUCCAAUGCUUUGCUAACUGGUCAAGCACUUUCAUUUAAAGUCAAAACAAGUGACCGUCGCUAUGUUACCUCAUACAACGUGGCACCUUCUAAUUGGCAGUUUGGCCAGACCUAUCAAGGCAAAAAUUAUCGAGUUUAA